UUAAUAUCUCUCUUUUUUUCUUUUUUUUGUUGGAUUAUAAACAAAAAAUCUUGGCAGGUUAUAUAAACGUUUAUAAUACUGCACGCUUGUAACGUCAUUUUUCAUUGGAUAAUCGUGACGUUUAUAAAGUUUUAUAUACAUGGCUGCUGUCGAUUCAUCCAGAAAUCUUACUUUUCUCUCUAAAAAUGAUGCUUGCUGUAUUAUAAAUUCGUUAUAAAGAUUGUUGACAGGUAUAUAACCUGUCAACGAUCUUUAUAUCUAAUAAUAUAAACGGGUGUGAGCAGCAUAACCCUCGCCUGGCGGUUCGGUUAUAUUUGCAAAUAACCGUUCGAUAAUCUUUAUAAAGGGUGUUGUUUGAUGAUCAAUUGGAGGUUAUUUUAUUAUAAUUUUAUCCUUUUUUGCAAAUUAAAUAAGCCGAAUGGUUGUGCAAAUUCAUUACCAACUUUUCUUUCUUUCAAAAUUUAUUUUAGUAUUUCUUAUCGAUCUAAAUUGGCCUGGUUGUCUGCCAUGAAUACGUAAAUUAUGGCCUCUUCAUUUUCAGAAAAUUGCAUGUACUAGAUUAAUCAUUCAUUUGUUUACUGGUUGCUGUUGUAAACAAUAUUCAUUUGUUUACUGGUUGCAGUUGUAAACUAUAUAAAGGAUUUUUAUAUUACAGCACAUAUUGAUGAAAAAGUAAAGCAUUGAAGUCAGAAAUGGCAUCAAUGAGUGAUGGAAGAGCGAGACAAGGGAUCAGCUACUCUUGUAUGAAACAGCCAUCCCUUGUAAAACAGCUUAAAGGAAUACUUUCAGAGUACCCUGACGGAGGUCAAAUUCUAAAGGAAUUGAUACAGAACGCCGAGGAUGCCGAUGCCAGUGACGUCAAAAUACUUUAUGACAGUAGACGUAUAAAUAAUGAUACAAGCGAGUCAGCUCCUACAUUCAACAAAUUUUUCAAGGGACCUGCAUUGUGUGUUUAUAAUAAUGCUGUGUUUUCGGAAGAGGAUUGGGAAGGAAUUCAAAUGAUUUACAGCAGUAAAAAGGAACAUAACCCUCUUAAGGUUGGACGAUUUGGCUUAGGCUUCAAGUCUGUGUUUCAUCUAACAGAUUAUCCCAGUGUUUUGAGUGGUCACAAACUUCUGAUGAUAGAUCCUCAACAACCAAGAGAUAUGGUCAAUGCACUUAUAGACCUUUCGGAGAUAGAGACACUUGCAGAGGUAGGUCUGAAUUAUGAAGCUUUUAAGGUAGCUUUUGAAGAUACAUUUGGAUUGAGGAUGGAGCAUGUGCAACACGGGUAUUUCAAUGGUACAUUAUUUCGGUUCCCCCUUCGAGAGGCUGUUUCCUCUAUUUCAGAAACGUUGUACAAUGAAAAUAAAAUAAAAAGUCUUUUUCAAGGAUUUGAGGGUGAAGCAUCAAGUAUACUUAUAUUUCUGAAGAAUUUGGAAAGUAUCUCUAUGUGGACAAGAGGUGGGGAUAGACUUUUGAGAGAGUAUAGUAAAGUUGCUAUCUAUGAUACUUACGGAUUAGUCAAACAAAAGAGAUCAGAGUUUAAAGAAAAUAUAAUAUCCUUUCAACAGAUGUCUGAACCCGUUGAUCUACACAACGAUAUUUUCAUGACCGUAGAUGUGUCAUCGAACGGGACGAAUAAACGCCAUGAAUGGCUCGUUGUCAAUUAUUUUGUUGGUAAAAGUGGAUCUAGAGACUUUAUGUCUCUUAUAAAUGAUGAAAAACUUGGUUAUAGCCCAUACGUCGGUGUGGCCACUCCUUUGAAUGUUUCUUUUGAACACCAGGAAGGACAUGUUUUUUGCUUCCUUCCACUACCUAGGGAAGGAGACAAAUCAACUGGCUUACCCGUUCAUGUCAAUGGAUUUUUUGCUUUAAGUCAAAACCGACACCAUCUGAAAUGGCCAACUGAGGAGCAGGAUGACUGCAAAAUUGACGAUAAAUCCAUACUUUGGAAUACAUAUUUACUACGGGAAGCACUGCCUUUGGCAUACUGUCAACUUAUUAAGGUUCUCAUAGACAGAUCCAUUGAACUAGGAAACACACAUGAAUCAGUAACAAAUACAUAUUUGUGUCUACCAAUUUCGGAGAAUACACAUAAACGUUGGUCAGUACUAGAAAAGGGUCUAUAUGAAAAAUUGUCAGAAACAUGUUUUCUGUAUUCUUUGAAUAAAGAAACUUGGGUCUCAUUAAAGGAUGCUUUUUUUGCUACAUUUAGGCACUUGCCUGAAAGUUACACGUUUGUUGAAGAUGCUGUCAUCAGAGGAAUGAGUUGCAUUGGGAAAUCUUAUGUGAAUGUAACAACUAAAUUGUUCAGCACUAUUCAGAAGUAUGUUCCUGAUGCAGAAGAUCUUUCCCCGGCAAGAGCAGUCAUAUGUCUUCUAGAAACUCACCAGUACAAAAAUAUAAAUGAUGAAGAUAAACUUAAAAUUCUUGCAUACAUCCUAUCCGAUUGUGGGAGCUACGAAAAUUUGGAAGGCCUUGAAUUACUUCCUUUGGCGUCUGGGGAAUGGAUUCGCUUUGAUAAGAAUGAACAUCCUGUUUUUCUCUGUUCAGAGAGUGUUUGUCAGAUACUAGUUGAGUCGAGAGGGAAAUUGUUGAGAAAAUGCUCGGAACCUUUGUGCAAAAGUUUAGAGAGAAUUCAUAGUAAAGGUUUGUACCAACUUAAAGAAUUGCUACCAUCUGAUUUCAAAGAUUUGCUUGAAUGUACCCUUGAUACAUUGAAAGGAUACAAAAUGACGAAUUCAACUUAUUUGACAAUUGAAUGGCUUCACGUUGUGUGGAAAUUUAUCGUCAAUUCUGAAGGUUAUGAGUUAAACCUUUUUUCGGAACUUCAGUUAGUUCCAGUUUUACUUGAUGGAACAUGGUUGCAGCCGUUGUCCCUGAAUUUAGUAAAACUCUCUGAUCUACUGCUUGUCCAAACCUACGAUGGAGAAACACUAUCAGAUGCUAUAUGUGAUUCCUUCAAAAUGAUGAAUGUGACUGUCCUACGAAGUUUACCAGACUGGAUGGUACCAUUUCAUGAACUGAAAAGGUUUUUCUACUUGCCAAAUAGAAAGGGUGUCAUUGAUCUUCUCUCAAAGAUAAAUGCAAGGGAGGAUUCAAGUAGAACAGCAGCUAUAUUUAACAGAUCGAGUUGUAGCAUUUCUAAACAUGAGCUGCGGGACUUUAUUAAAGGAUGUCAAUUUGAAGUAUCGCUAGACACAGGUGCUCGGAAUAUCGUGAAACAACUAAGCUUGUUUUAUAUUGUUAGUCGUAUCAAUGGGGCCUGUGAAGAUAAUUUUGGAUCUGUAUCAGAGUGCCAAGAAUAUAUCAAUGGAACCGAAUGUUUCCCAAAGAAUAUAGCUUUUCCUUUCCGUUGCCUUUUAGUGGAUUCCUCGUGCAAUGACCUUAUGUGCUAUUUAGGUGCAAGGAAGGUAAAACUUGAUGAACUGGUAUAUGGAGUCCUAAAACAUUUUGAAAAAUAUGGAGAUUGUUUGUAUGUAUUUAUGGAUUUCUUUUUGAAGAAUUUUCACCUUUUUCGAAAUAAUCCAGCUACAAUUAAUGUUGCAAGAGAUGUGCCAUUUUUAUUAACUAGCAAGGAAUCAAAUUCUGCAAGAUACAAGGCAUGUGAAUUGUUCGAUCCAACCAAUUCAAAAAUACAAAAUUUGUUGUAUGAUGAAUUUCUUACACCUGAAAUAAAAGAACCCCUAAGUGAUGAAAUCAUUGAUUCUCUUAGAGCCAUAGGACUGCAGGAUAGUUCUUGUGUAGAUGCUGAAAUACUUUUUAAAGUAGCAAAAACAUUAGAUAAAUGGGCUGAAAAAAAGUUAAAAGAUAUCAAUUAUAAAAAGAAAUCAGAGUCAUUCAUGAGGCAUUUAACUGACCAUCCCCAUGUACUAGAUGAAUUGUGUGCCGACGGUCACAAUCUCAGAACACAUCUGGCAUCUCUGUCAUGCAUUUGUGUACAAAAGCUAUCAACCGAACCUUACCCAAAAUGCAUUCCAUGGUACGAACAUGAUAAGGAACUUUGUAGGCCAACAGAGGUCAUAGACUUUCAGCAAUGUCUGCUAGUCGGUGCUACAAUGCCCAUAGUUGUUUGCAAGUCAGACAAAUUGUGCGAAAGUUUUCAGUGGAAUAAGUCCCCUCCUUUUGAAAGAAUUCUGGAACAACUACGCAUUAUUCGUGAUUGUUUUUCAGUUCAGAAUAAAUCAGAAGUUAUGCCAUCCAUUAAAAACAUAUUUGAACAUAUGUGUAAACAUCUUAACUAUGCAGAAGAAUACAAGUUGAAUUUUAGAAAUCAAAAGUUGAUGUGGACUGGGGAAGAGUUUGUUUCAGCCGAAAGGAUUAUAAUUAUCAGUAACGAAGACGAUAUUGAUUUGCGACCAUACUUCUUCAGCCUGUCUCCAGAGUAUAAUAGUUUUCAUGCCUUAUUUGAAACAGUUUGCUGUAAAAGUAAGCAAGAUGAGUCAGUGUUACGAAACGUACUUACAUUCAUUAAAGAUGAACACUGCAUAGCUCAAGCAGAACAAAUUGUCAAGCGGGAUAGAUUGAUUGUCAAUAAUGUUCUAACAAAAUUAGGAAUUUUUGGUCAAAAAGAGCGCUUACAAGCAAAAAUUUACACACAUUGUUACGUGAGGAAUUAUACCGAUGGAUUGUCUGUUCCGAAGGAGUUGAUACAGAAUGCAGAUGAUGCAGGAGCUUCUGAGGUAAGAUUUCUGUACGAUGAAAGAUUGAACAGGGAGUCAAAAGAACGUGUACUUAGCAAAGGAAUGCGAGGUUUUCAAGGACCAGCUCUUUGGGUAUACAAUGAUCAGAUGUUUACGAAAGAUGAUCUCAGUAAUAUUAGAAAAUUAAAUGAAGGAACAAAGCUGGAGGAUUCGAAAAAAAUAGGAAAAUUUGGUUUAGGAUUUUGCUCAGUUUAUAACAUUACAGAUUUACCAAGUUUUAUCACGGGGUCAGAUAUUGUUUUCUUUGAUCCGCAUGAGAAAUAUCUUGGCAACAAGAAAGGUACAGGACUGAAGUACACAUUACAUAAUCAGACAUUAGUUAAACGACAUCUUGAUCAGUUUAAACCUUAUCAAGGUAUAUUUGAUUGUAACGUUAUAGAUUUUCCUAGCAAUGGAUACCAGGGUACAUUAUUCAGGCUUCCCCUACGCACAGAUGAUCAGGCCAAAGUAAGCGAAAUAUUCAGUCAAUCAUACACACGUGAUGACAUGCUAAAUCUUCUUCAAUUAACAAUAAACGCUGCAGGCAACAUGUUGCUUUUCACUCAAAAUGUACGGAAAAUUCAAAUUUAUCACUUGGCAGAAAAUGCAUGUGAUUCAACUAUACCUGAUUUUUCUCUUUCGAAAAUUCAUACAUAUUCCUUUGAGCAAAAGAAUUUUCGGAACAUUGUGAGGGCACUUAUAGAAAUAGACAGUUUACCAUCUAAUUCUAAAACAAAUUGGAUUGUUUCGUGGGCUACUGGUACCAAACAUUCACUUAAAAUGUAUAAUGAACAGAAAUCAGACAACGCGUUGCCUGUUGCCGCCGUAGCGGUUCCUUGUAGCAAUGAAAAAGACCUAAAAUGUUCUUGUCUUGGCUCCAUUGAUAAAUAUUUUUAUCGGUCAGGUCACGUAUUUUGCUUUUUGCCGUUGCCUUUGGAAACUGGAUUACCGGUUCAUAUAAAUGGAUGUUUCUCAGUAACAAGUGACCGUCGUCAGUUUGUUUCUGUCACUGAUGAUGACAAAGAUAAAUCAAGAAAGAAAUGGAACGAGGCACUCAUGGAAGAUUCUUUGGUGAAUGCUUACUUUAAUUUGCUAGAAUCAGUUCAUCCAAACGAUUUAGAAUGCAACUUCAAGUAUUACGACCUGUGGCCAAUGAACAGUAAAAAGGUAGUUAUUUCUCUGAAGCUUGCUUUCUACAAAUACAUUGUUACUACAAAUCCAAUUGUGUUUUGCGUAAGAAACACAUGGUUUGCCUUCAAAGAUGUCAUAUAUCUAAAUCCGACUUUGAGGGACGGACCACUCGGUGAUAUAAUGUUUCGUUUCGUUUCAUACUUUACAGUAAGGUCUAACAAAAUAGUAAUAGAGAUGCCAUGUCUUGUUCUAGAAAACAUACGAAAUAGUAACAAAGACAUGUUGGAAUAUAUUGAGUCAAAAACAAUAAAUGGACGGGAAAUAAGUCUUAUUGUUCUACGUAAUAUUGACCAUGAAUUCUGGUUAGACAAGUUUGACAUGAGAAAUCAAUUGGUGAAAUACGCAUUAGAUUUGUCUGAUAAGAUUGUUAAUAAAGUGAUCAAAAAAACAAGUUGCAUUCCAACGCUUCCUUCAAAUAAACUUCGUAAACCUUCAGAAGUAAUAAACCCACAUUGUACAAUUGCUAACCUUUUCAAUGUGGACGAUGAACGAUUUCCAAUAAAGAACCAUGGAUUUCGAGAGGAUCAAACACUAAACAGAUUAAUUGAGAAUGGAAUGAUUACUAAGUAUAUACCCCACGACCUUCUUUUAGAUCGGUGUGUUUCAAUAUCAGAAGCUGCUAAGAGCUGUUGUAUUUGUGUUUCUGACAGAUGUAGGAAGUUAUUUAACUAUAUGUCAAAUGAGACAGUUCUGGAAGGAUUAGAAAAAGAUAAAUAUACUUUGGAUUCAAUUUCAAACAUAGAUAUGUUUCCAAUUUUACCUAAACCCAACAAAUGGGCUUUUUCAUGGAAAGCAAAUGAACGGCAGAAAGACAUGAAGAUUUGUAGUCAAAAUCAUGAUAUUGCUAUUGAGCACAGAUUUGGAAAAGCAAAAGAUCUCUUCAGACAAAAAUUAUGUGAUUUUGUUGGGACUGUGGAAUGUGUACUAGAUGAAAGUAUAUUUGGAAACGAUAUCUCAAUAAAGGAACAAAUUAUUUCAAUGUUUAAGGUAAAAGAAAUAAGAGACACCAAUGUUACAACAAUGGUUAGGCAAAUGGAAAGUAUUUCUUCCGGAUACGAAAAUACCCGUUCACAGUAUAAUGAGUUAAAGCGCAUAUACAAUGUCCUGUUUCAACAAUUUGAAAAGUAUUUGAGAAACGAAUAUCAUCCUGAUAAGGACAUAAAUGCAAUUCUAAGAUUAAAUGAAGUUCCAGUGGUUCUUGUUCAUAGGAACCUUGUAAAAACAUGUAAUGUAGCUUUUAAUGUGAAGGCGGAAAUUCCGCCGUUACUUAACAUUGUCCCAAAGUUUGCAAAAGAACAUUUUAAUUCUGUUUAUGAAGUUUUAGGAAUUAAAAGUUAUUUCAAUAUCGACAAUAUUCUUGAAGCAUUUGACUUUAUUAAGGAAUCGUGGGGUCGGAAUAAAGAGAAAGACAUUGAAAACGCUAAUGCAAUGUUGCAGAACUUACAGUAUAGCAUGGAACGUUCAAACUUAACAUUUGACAGUAUAUCAGAAAAACAUGACUUGAUAUAUGCACCUGACGUUUUACACAGGUUGAUACCUACCAAAGACCUUGUAAUUGAAAACAAACAGUUUAUUACAACUGAUUCCAUGAACAUAUUGCAUCAUGGUAUUGUACCAUCUGCUGCACAUUUUCUCGGUGUUUCGACAAAGCAAAGUAGAUGUUUUCAUGACAUAUCUAAAGGAAUCCCGUUUGGUCAAAAUGAAAAGCUUGGAACACGUAUAAGAGGCCUAUUAGACGCAUAUCCUUGCGAUUCUAGCAUAAUGAGUGAGCUCCUUCAAAAUGCAGACGAUGCCGGUGCAACAGAAAUAAACUUUAUUAAAGAUUACCGAAACCAUUCAACAAAGCAGUUAUUUAGUGAUUCUUGUCAAACCUUACAGGGACCGUCGUUAUGUGUUUAUAACAAUAGUUUUUUUACUGAAAAAGAUAUUGAAGGAAUACAUAAUCUCGGGCAAGGAAGCAAACAUCAAGAUCCCUCAAAAACCGGACAGUAUGGAGUCGGAUUCAAUGCAGUUUACCAUUUAACAGACAUCCCGUCAUUUUUUACAAAAGGGCCCGAAGAUUUGCAUGGUGGCCUUUUAGUAUUCCUCGAUCCUCUUUGCAAACAUGUUCCAAAGGCAAGUCCGGAUGAACCAGGACAAAUGGUUACUUUUGACGGUGUUCAGAGGAACUUUCCAGAUCAUUUACUUGGAUUUAGUUCUGAUAUUUUGAUAAAUGAUAGAAAGGGCACUAUCUUCCGUUUUCCACUCAGAAGGGAAAAGUCUGAAAUAAGCAAUACCAUAGUUGAUAUUGAAAGAAUGGACAAGAUAUUGCUUUCAUUUAAAGACGAUAUGUAUGAUUCCUUACUUUUUUUGAAAAAUAUAUGUUGUAUCAAGAUAUCAAACAUUACAAGUGGCAAGUAUUGUGAAGAAUAUUCAGUACAUGUUAGAUUUGGAGUGGAAGAGAAACGAAAACAUUUUGAUUUUAAUUCUAAGCUACGCUAUAUAGUGAAACAAAAUGAAAAUAAUAAAGUUCUUAACUUGAAGGCUCAUGCUUUUGAAACAGUGUACAACAUGACAAUUUCUGACAGCUGUGACAUUUCUAGAAAUUGGAUGAUUGUUCAGAAAUUUGGUUUUAAAGAAAUGGCAGAUGAUGAGAUUAUUACAAAAAUAAAAGCUGGUGAAAUUGGACAGUUACCUUUAGGUGGUGUAGCUUUACCUCUUGAUGACAAAAAGGAAAAUGUUUUCAACAAAGAUAUAUCAAUAAAUGGUCGGGUAUUUUGCUUUUUGCCAUUGCCUUUGCGAUCAGGUUUCCCUUUGCAUGUUAACGGUCAUUUUGCUUUAGACCACGAGGUAAGGCUAAAUAUUGGCAAAGAAGGACAUAAAAGAAAAUGGAAUGAUUGCAUUGCAAUUAACAAUAUCAUUCCAGCUUGGAUAACUGGGCUUUUUCACCUUCAAUCAGAUAUUGAAGAAGCUGUAAGCCAUGCAAAAACAUGGAAAGAGAUCGUGUCUAUAGUUGAUUCUUAUCACAGGAUAUUCCCCGUUCUAAAUAAUACGUAUGGAGAGUUCUGGAAUAAUUUGAUUCAUAAAUUUUACAAAGAAGUACUGGAUGAAAAGAAAAGACUAUUUCCAUGCAUCUUGGACACAAAAUGUGAAUUAACACCACCUGCAGACUAUCUUCUUAAAGGAUCAGGAUUAAGAUUUCAUAUCUUAUGGUGUUAUGUGUCUAACGAUUCGGUACAUGAUUUUGAAUCAGGAGUAUUUAACAACAUCCACUAUUAUGUGCCUGAUUCAUUACUUAAUUUGAAACCGAAGCUGUUGGAAAGUAUGUUGAAAUCCUUUGGACUGAAACUUGUGAGCACUCCAUCCAAAAUUUGGCGUUUUAUCAAGACAAUAAAUCCACGCAUUCCAAUCUCUACCCCAUAUUUGGUUAUUAAUCAUUUCAAAAAUAUUUCUGAACCAGACAAAGUGCAUUUACUAGGAAAUGUUAAUACCGAUAUCUGUAAAACAAAAUAUAUUUCUCCAGUUUAUUUGAAAGAACUGAUUACUUUCUUGCAGAGAGACCGAGAAUUUUUCCAGCGGAUAGAGGGACUCCCAAUUCUAUUAACAGCUGAUUCAGUUUUGAGAUAUUGUACAAAAGAAUACCCAGUCUACGUUUCGGAGUUUGCAAAAUUGCUUCCUCGGUCAGCUAAAUAUUUCAUUCAUGCGGAUAUUCUUGACCUAUUUCAAGAUAAAAGUGCGACAGAAUCACUCUGUUUUAAGUAUUUGCAAAUGAAGGAAUUUGUCGAAAUGCUACCGGAAAAUAAGAAUAAGGAUAUAUUUGCUCAAGGGAAUGAGGUAGAACUAUCCAAUACGUGUAAUGAUAACAAGAAUAUAUCGCACGGAUGGUUAUGCAUGUUUUAUGAUUUCCUUGUGUCAGAAUCUCUAGUGAAAAUUGAUGAAAAUACAUUUGUUGAUCAUGAAAAUGUAAACAUGAUUAUUGAUUCUGCAAAGUUUUUAGGAAAUCUCAAAAUGUUAAGGGACUGGUCUUUCUUACCAUAUACGAGUCUAAGAUUUGCUAUAGAAAAUGAAGUUAAAACAAGGGACAUUUGGGCAUUUUUAAAAACUUUGUGCCUUGUGUGGCAUGCCAAUGCUCCUAAAUUGGUUGCGUUUCACAUAGAUUUCCUGCGGGAAAAAAUUAUCAAUAAAAAAGUAAGAUCGCCUGUAGAACAACGUAUCAUUGAGAAACUAAAAUGUAUUCCAUUUAUCCGAGUCGGUCUUAAAAUUAAACGAGCACGGGAAUUGUUCAGUCCAAAUAAUGACGUAUUUGCUUCUAUGCUAGGUGAGGACUAUUUCCCGCCAAGUCCAUUUCUUACGACCAAGUGGUACAGCUUUUUGACACUUCUUGAUUUAAAAACUAAAGUUGACGAUGAAAUGUUGCUACGAUUUGCUCUCGAAAUACAGAGAGAAAGUAACGAAAAGUAUACAGUUUUAGAAAAGGGGUUUGCAAAACUUGCAAAAUUUUAUCGACGUCCACCACUAGAAAAAGUUAUACUUCAUUGUCAGAACGUUUGUGACAGUUUUAAAGGUCUUCUUAAAAGCACAGAUAAUGAUAUAGCAAAUAAAUUUAUUAUACAACAAAUGACAAAAAUAUACAAAUACUUUGCCAAGAAUGGAGACUUUGAUGAUAAGUUGAAAUCACGUCUUUCUAACACUCCAAUUAUCUACCUGCCAGACGAUGGCGAACUUGUUACUAUCAAUGAUGUUGUUAUUGAAUUACCAAAAUAUUAUCAGAUAAAACCUUACCUAUAUGCUGCCCCUGUAUAUUACGGAAAAUAUUUUGACUUAUUUAAAUGUCUCGGGUGCAAGGAAACUGUAGGUUUUGAUCACUAUGCUAGAGUCUUGGAAACUUUGAAGAAUGAGACAAAGGGAAAACCAAUGAUGUUGAAAGAACUUAAUAUAGCUAGAAAGGCAAUUGAGCAUUUGUUUAUAUCAAAUUGUACGCCAAAGCAAAAUGUGGACAAUUGCAAAUGCUUGUAUCUCCCAAGUAGAGAUAUGGUUCUGAUGAGUGCUAAAGAUUUAGUGGUAUCGGAUCGUUAUUCAUACGAGAAAAGACUCUCAGGAAAUUACGAAAUAACGUAUUUUUCUGGAUUUCAUAAUUUGAAAAUACAAUUGGGCUGUACAGAGGCUGCUGCUAUUUGCAAUCUACCAGGGUAUAUAAGACCUGUUCUACUUACAGAAGCAACAACAGAACAGAUUUGUCUUGAUAGCAUAGAAGUAAUCGAAAAUAGUUCAAAUGUUAGAAAAAUAGAGACUUUUCUGCACUCAGAUCAUCUAUUGAACGGACUCAGUAGGCUUUUAAAGUUUCACUCAAGAACCAACGAUAAACGAGACUGCGAUAAGUGGUUUGAAGAAUUGUAUCUUCAACUCAAUGGCAUUAAAGUUUGUGAAGUAAAGGAUUUAAAAACUGUUUUGUAUUUCAAAAAGCGUCUCAUUCCUAACACUGACAAAGAGUUGUACUUUUAUAUAAAAUCUAACGACCAAAAGAAAGUAUUUUACUUCAAAGAUGACAUCAACUCUAAGAAGCUUGUUUUGAACAAACUGAUUCCCGGGCUGACCAAACUCAUUUUAUCCUGCUCAUCUGGGCUCGGCGAUAAAUCUGUUUUAAUUAUAACUCAAAUGCUUCAGGAAAUUGAAAAUCCUAUGAAUAUUCAAUCUGUUCUUGAUGAUUUAGGCAUAGAUCAGUUUGAUGUACCAAUUGCAGAAAUGCGUGACCAUUUCCCGAAACCCGGAACAGCCGUUGAUAAAAUAUUUUUCCCUUUUUUAGAGCAGGGAAUAUACCCCUUUAAAGAUUAUGAAUUUGAGAGUGUUGUAUUGGAUCUUGAUGAUACAGCAAACGAUAAAGAUAGCAAUCGUGAUCCUGUAUACAUUUACGUACAUAUCAUACGCGAUUUGUCUCCGCCAAAUUGCAGCAACCUGUCGCAUAUUUACCUUGUUGACACAGGUAAUCCCGAUAUUCAAGAAGAAACGAUUCCAAUUUACCGUUUAUUUAGAUUUGUCCGCCAAAAGGAAGAUGUUGGCAAUGUCAUCGAUCGGUGUAGUGGUGAGCCUAUAUUUGCCUUUCCAGUUGAUGAAAAUUGCAGACGAAUACGAGAAGAAUUACUCGAAGCAUGGCAACUAUCUGAAGAAGAUAAAAAACGUGUGAUUCGUCGCCUUUACUUAAAAUGGUAUCCAGACAGAAAUUUAGUUAACCGUGAUUACUGUUCUGAAGUAUUUAAUUAUAUCAAAAUUGUUUUAAGUCGACUUGAAAACGAAGAAGUACCCGCCACGAAUGUUAGGACAGAUAUUGUUAGAGGUCCUUCAAAUAUGUCAUUAUCAUCGUUUUACUAUACAAACAUAACGACAAGAGCGAAGGCUUAUGUUCAGGCGUAUGAUGACAACAUAAAGGAAUAUAGACAUUCAUAUAAAAGCAGGCAAGGGUUGUUUUGUCAUGCACAGGUACAGCGCUCCAAACGACAGGAUAUAACGGAGGCUAAAAGGUGGUUUCGGCAGGCAAAAUGCGAUUUCUUAGCUGCAAAAUCAUUCGCAGUGGUAGCUGAAGAUGUUGACGGAUUUAAUUGGAUUUGUUACACUUGUCAUCAGUCGUGUGAAAAGGCAUUAAAAUCGACAUACUAUGCAAGAGAUGCAGACAAUGUACCUAGAGGAAGUUCUAGUCAUAGACUGUCAUUACUGGCUCUCGAUGAUGAUAUGCGUAAACAGGCAAGGCUGAUGGAAGAUAAAUUUGGAGACAAUAGCAGGUUACGGUAUCCAGACGCUCUUUCCAGACCAAAUAUUCCGUCCGAUUUGUUCAAAAAAGAAGAUGCUGACUUUGCUAUAAAAACAACAGGAACACUUUUAAACUUGGUAGAGGAGUUCAUAGCAUAGAACUUUAUUUACUGUGUACGUAUGCUUGGAUGCCUCGACGGAAAUUGUUUAAAAAUGAUGAUGAUUGGAUGAUUGAAAUGAUUUGUUUGAAGUAGAAUAACUUAUAUUUGUAUAUGUUUUACUUUGUUUAAAAGAGAUGAAUGGAUUUUAUUUUCAAAUGCAUUACUUUUUGUGAAUGUAGUAUAUGUGCUUGGCUUUUAGAUUAGAAUAAAUGAAUAAAUGAGGAAAAAACAACGGAAUGAAACUAAAACAAAUAUGUAACGUUUUUCCUGUUUGUGAAGUGCUAUAAGUGAACGUAUGAAAUAGCAGCAUGAUUAAUCAACUGAUUUUAUAUAAAUGAUAUUUAACAUGUAUUCAUAUAUUAGUUAAAGUGAAAUAAUCUAAUAUUCUUCAUGAUAUUGUAUUUAUAGAUUAGUUUAAGUCAAAUUAUUCAAUGUGCAUAAUAUUCAAUAAUGUAAAUUUAAUGUAAUUGUUGAAUUUAAAGUGACAUAAUGUAGUUAUAUUGAAAACGGCUUCAAAGCCCCCUUUCAAAUUCAAUUUUAUUUAGUUUCACCCGUUGUUUUCUGGUUCAGGGCACAUCUACAAGCAUAUUUUUGACAAAUCUUUAUUGAUGAAAUACUACAGUCCGAAUAAAGGCCAUUUGUCUAAAAAGGUCGCUACUUCGGGUGGCCUUUAUUCACAAGUUUGACUGUACUUAUGUUUUAUAACUUUGUUUUUUUAACGUAUGGUUUUGAAUUAAAGUCAUUCUUUUUAUGUUAUUUAUGAUCCACAUUAGAUAACGGAACACUGUUGUUUAUUGAAAUGUACAUAUUUUUUUUAUUUUAAUGUAAAAGUUUUUGGUAAAACUGUUUAUGUAUCGAUCGUGAUGUAACGCGUACUAUUUUUUGUGAUAAAAAUGUUUUACGUGGUGAGGUUUAGUGUAAAAUGUUAAGGAUAAUGUUUUCUAUAAACUGUGCCAUACUCGUUCUCAUUCGUAAAAUUUCACUUUUAGCGUUUAACUGUAUAUGCAAAAUGAUAUUUAUAAUGUGUGUAAAAUAAGUGGUUUCAAUAGUUGAUGUGUUAACUCAAAUAUUUUGAUUUUUUUCCUUUUUGUCUAAUCCACACAUUCUCUUUGCUUAAUCCACACAUGCAUAGAAAUAAUGCAUACUUAGAUCUUUUUCACAUAUAUUUUCUUUUAAUAAACAUGAAGCAAUCAUACAUUGCUUAAUAACUUUUUUAAAUUUUUGCUAAGGUGUUCAAAAAGCUAACUUAAUGAUGAACUGCUUACUUCUCAGCUGUAUUAAAUAAUUUGUUAAACUUGCCGCUUAUUUUUAUACAGAACACACAAACUACAUUAAUGUCAUUUGUACAUGACACUCAUAUAUUUGAAAUCAUAUAUUGACACUCAUAUCCACAAUUUUAUAUUAACACUCAUUUUUCGGCAAUUAUUAUACUGACACUCACAUGUUGUGACCCAUAUAUUGACACUCAUAUACUAAAACUUAUUUACUCACACUCAUUUAUUGACAGUUUUAUACUGACACUCAUAUAUUGACAGUUAUAUACUUACGUUCAUAUAUUUACAUUUGUAUAUUGACACUCAUAUAUUGACAGCCAUAUACUGACACUCAUAUGUGGAAAAUUAUAUAUUGACACUCUUAUAUCAAAAUAGUUUUAUAUCGAAAGUCAUAUGAUGACACUCGUAUAUCUGUACUCCGAUGCAGACAUUCAUGAAUUCACUCUAAUAUAUAGAUACUCACAUAUUUACAAUCAUAUAUUGAUACACAUAUAAUUUCAUGAGAUAUUGGUAUUCAUAUAUACCAUCUAUGUUUUAGCCAUUGAUAAACAUUCGAGCGUUUCUUUUGGCUACGCCUUGACAUUUUAAAAAAGGGACAUUUAAGUGUUUUUUCUUCCUUUGCUGGUAAAAUUUAUUAUUAAAUACAUGCGUAUUGCUCUUUAUUUACAUGAAUGUGAUUAGGAAUAUAUAGUACACAGCUUUAAUAAUGUAUGUAAAGUACACAGCUUUAAUAAUGUAUUUAAUAUGUAAAUAGUUUAUUUUGCAAAUUUAUGUCAUUAUGUACCGUGUAAACAGUGUAUUUUGCAAAUGUAUGUCAUUCGGUAACAUGUUAAUAGUAUGUUUUGCAAAUGUAUGUUAUUAUGUAGCAUGUAAAUAGUUUAUUUUGCAAAUUUAUGUCAUUUAUAAUGUAACAUGUAAAGAGUAUAGUUUGCAAAUUAAUGUCAUUUUGUUACAUGUAAAUACUUAGUUUAUUUUAGAAAUAUAUGCCAUUUUGUACAGUGUAAAUAGUAUUUUUUGCAAAUUUAUGUCAUUCUGUACGGUGUUACGAGUAUAGUUUGCAAAUUAAUGUCAUUAUGUAACAUGUAAAUAGUAUAUUUUGCAAAUUUAUGUCAUGUACCGUGUAAAUAGUAUGUUUUGCAAGUUUAUGUCAUUAUGUAACAUGUAAAUAGUAUGUUUUGGUAACUUAUGUCAUUAUGUACUGUGUAAACACUAUAAUUUGCAAAUUUAUAUCAAUAUGUACCGUGUAAAUAGUAUAUUUUGAAAAUGUAUAUCAUUAUGUAACAUCUAAAUAGUAUGUUUUGGUAACUUAUGUCAGUAUGUACCGUGUAAACAGUAUAUUUUGCAUAUUUAUAUCAAUAUGUACCGUGUAAAUAGUAUAUUUUGAAAAUGUAUGUCAUUAUGUACCGUGUAACAAGUAUAUUUGCAUAUUUAUUUCAUGUAUGUUACAUGAAAAUAGUAUAAUUUGGAAAUUUAUUCCAUUAUUGUAAUUGUAACAUGUAAAUAGUAUAAUUUUGGAUAAAGGUGAACCUUGUACUUUUUGUAUUUGAUUUAUAUUCUUACAUAGGGGUAUACUUUAUUAUUGAAGAUAAUAAAGGCGAACCCUUUAAUUAAUAAUUGAAUUACUAUAUAAAGUUGUAUCCUACACUAAUUUAAAUGUUUAAAAAUAGGGGUGUACUUUAUUACCAUAUAAAGGUGGAUCCUACACUUAUUUCCAUAUUUAAACGUAGGGGUGUACUUUAUUAUCAUAUAAAGUUGGAUCCUAUACUAAUUUUCAUAUUUCAACGUAGGGAUUUACUUUAUUAUCAUAUAAAGGUGUAUCCUAUACUAAUUUUCAUAUUUAAACAUAGGGGUGGACUUUAUUACCAUAUAAAGGUGGAUCCUAUACUAAUUUUCAUAUCUAAACAUAGGGGUGUACUUUAUUACCAUAUAAAGGUGGAUCCUAUACUAAUUUUCAUAUUUAAACAUAGGGGUGUACUUUAUAUCCAUAUAAAUGUGGAUCCUACACUAAUUUUCAUAUUUCAACAUAGGGGUGUACUUUAUUAUCAUAUAAAGGUGGAUCCUACACUAAUUUUCAUAUUUAAACAUAGGGGUGUACUUUAUUACCAUAUAAAGGUGGAUCCUAUAUUAAUUUUCAUAUUUAAACAUAGGGGUGUACUUUAUAUCCAUAUAAAUGUAGAUCCUACACUAAUUUUCAUAUUUAAACAUAGGGGUGUACUUUAUUGUCAUAUAAAGGUGGAUCCAAUACGAAUUUUCACAUUUCAACAUAGGGGUUUACUUUAUUAUCAUAUAAAGGUGGAUCUUAUACUAUUUUCAUAUUUCAACAUAGGGGUGUACUUCAUUAUCAUAUAAAGGUGGAUUCUAAACUAAUUUUCAUAUUUAAACAUAGGGGUGUACUUUAUUAUUUUAUAAAAAGGUGGAUCCUGUACUAAUUUUUAUAUUUAAACAUAGGGGUGUACUUUAUUAUCAUAUAAAGGUGGAUCUUAUACUAAUUUUCAUAUUUCAACAUAAGGGUUUACUUUAUUAUCAUAUAAAGGUGGAUCUUAUAGUAAUUUUCAUAUUUCAACAUAGGGGUGUACUUCAUUAUCAUAUAAAGGUGGAUCCUAUACUUAUUUUCAUAUUUAAACAUAAGGGUGUACUUUAUUAUCAUAUACAGGUGGAUCCUAUACUAAUUUUCAUAUUUAAACAUAGGGGUGUACUUUAUUAUCAUAAAAAGGUGGGUCCUAUACUAAUUUUCAUAUUUAAACAUAGGGGUGUACUUUAUUGUCAUAUAAAGGUGGAUCUUAUACUAAUUUUCAUAUUCAAACAUAGGGGUGUACGUUGUCAUUUGAAGAUGAUAAAGGUAAAACUUAUAUUAAUUUUUUUGAUAAAAUUGAUUUAAACUUUUGGUGUAAUUUAUUAUCAAGAAAACUAUAACAAACAAGGGGGUGUACUUUGUCAUUAUAAUGUGAUAAAGGUGAAUCCUUCACUUUAUAAUUUGAUAACUUUGAUUUAAAUGUAUAAGUGUAUAUUUCUAUAAAAGAUAAAUGCAUAGGGGUGUUCUUUUUUUUAUAAAAAUGAAAACGACGAUAAUGAUAUAUCCUAGUGUGUUUUUAUUUCAUUUAAUGACCUGCUUAUUUGAUGAUAAGGUGAAUUUUAUCAUAAAAACAUGAUGAUAGUGAAUCCUAUAUUAUAACAUUAUUUUUCAAUUAUAAUUAGAAUUUAUCACAGGAAUUUGACACAUUUGCCAUAGUAAACCGGUGCUCGAUAGCAAUUUUGUUCUUGAUUAUCAAGGGGUAAUUAUUUUAUGAUAAUUUGACCAUAAUUAGCAUGGCAAAUGUGCCGAACGCCUUUGGAAUGUAUGUGUGCAUUCAUUGUAAAGGUAGUGUACUUUUUACAAAAAGGAAAACUCUUAUUACGGAUUUUAUAAGAUUUUAAUACAUUGUUGGAUAUAACAGUGAAUUCUAUUGGACGAACAAACAGCUGGCAACCUGAUUUUGGACGAGGAGCUAGCCGAGUCUUAUCAUGCUUAUAUAAGUCUUGACAGCUUUGUGCGAGUCAAAUAAAAUCAUUAUUGUAUUCAAGAAUUUAUAAUGAAAUCUUUAUUUCACACCAUCAUUAUUUACAUUUUGGCUGAACAUCUAGUACAAUGAUCAGUAAGGAUUUGAUAUGGAUUUUUGGACUUGCUUAAUUUUUGGACUUACUAGAAGGAGAACAAUUUGAUGUGAUUUGAUGUGAGAUUUUUAGAUCUGGAAAAUAGAGACAAGGGCCAAAUAUUGAGCACAAAAAUAGACUUUAUAUGGAUUUUUGUACUCGAAAAAAAAGAAACAAAACGAGGCUAAAUCGCUAAUUUUGGAUCCAAUACUGGUUUAUAUUGGGAGAUUACAUGGCGCAAACGCUGAAACUUCAAUCGUUACAUGUCAUAAGCUGUGAAAUGAUAUGAUGUAAUUAUUCAAUGUUGAGAACUAAACUAAAUUCUUUUGAAGAGUAUACAACUGUAAAACCUGUUUAGGACGUGCUGCUAGUGUUUUGUCCAAUAUAGGUUUGACUACGAAUCCCGAAAAGUAGAUAUUACAUCCAACAGUGUGUAAUAAAUACUAAUUUACGCCACCACUUCUUUCAAGAAAAAACACUCAAAGUCAAUGGUGUUAUUGUAUAAUAUCAAAUAUACAGCUACAUCUUGGCCAAUAUGGUUUAAUAUGGAGCUAUUGAACUCGAAAGAUGAAAGAAAGGAUAGGUAGCGUACAAUAUUGUUUUAAUAUGGAUUAUCUUACUCGGAAAAUGAAAACGAGGCUAAAUUGAGUACGACUAUGCAUUUGAUACGGACCUUUUGGAUUCGUAGAAAGAAAACGAGUUUAAAUUGAUGAUAUUGGAUCCAAUAGUGGUUUAGAUUUAAAGAUCACAAGGUGCAAAGGCUGAAAUUGGUUGCAUUUUGAUAGGUGUGAAAUAAAUAUAUUUAGCAUAUCAGAUAACAACAUUUCUAACUAACAAAUGUGUUGUUAUUUGUAGUGUAGGUUACAAAGCCAUGUAAGAUUUUUAGUCAAAAGAGAUAUGUAAAACAUUUUUUGGAAAGAAUAAUAGUUAGUUAGUUAAUUAUAUUUAUUAGACUCGGGAUAUAUAUUUAUAAAGGUAAUGGGUUUUUUCUUGUCUGAAAAUUAUUUGAGUUCUAUGCAAAUGUAUUUUGAUAACUUUAAUCUUAUUUUUAAUCUGUACUUUUUCUUCACAAUUGGGUAAGGUGUGUAAUCUCAUACCCUGAGGGGUAUUGUAUUCUAAUAAUCAUAACAUAAGUAAUUAAUAUGUCUUUUGUACAAUAUUUGAAGAAGAAAAAACAAUAUAAAUUAUUAUGAAGCUGGUAAUGUUUACCAUCUUAUUAAGAUAUUUGUAAUUACAAUGUUUUAUGCGUUUGAAUUCAGUGUCAUAAUCAAUGAAAAACAAUACAAAACGUCAGGAGAAAGCUAAAUUGAAUGUUAAAAAUAAAAAAAAAAUGUUCCGUCAAUAUAUUUGUAUACUUUAGAACGAAUCGACAUUUAUUUAAGGGAAGUAGCUGUAUUAACUUACAAUCAACUGUAUUAUUAUUUGUCUUUUGUUGUUGUUGUUUAUUUUGUUUUUUGGUUGUUUUUAUUUUGUUUUUGUUUUUUUUUUGUUUAGUUCACUUGAGCAGAUAUAGUGCUCAGAGGUGUGUUAUUGUGGUGGCAAUUGGCUGCCGUUCGUGAACAACAUCUCAAAAUAUACUCUCUUGAAUCUUAAGUUGCUCCCUACAAUAGUUCUAUAAAUAGUUCCAGUCUGGUGGAUUAUUAAGUAGGUCAUAAGGGCUUAUAAAAGAUUUUAAAAAGCAAACCUGAGAAAUCUCGCCUCAAAAAAUUACAAUGUUCAGAGCUAAGAUAUUUUGCAUCUAGCAUAACUUGUAAUCCUUGACAGUAUGGCUCUGAAUCAUGCAAUAGAGGCAUUCUCCCUGUGGUCACUUAGUUCAUGUAGACUUAUAAAGAAAAAGCUUGUUGAAAUAUUCUGGUUUUAAACUACAACACUCAGAGCCUAAAUAUUGUGUAUGCCUAGUGGACCUCUACUUUGGAAUAACUUGUAAUACAGUUACUGUACUAGUAAUUAAAAAGAACUUGUAAAAUGUGAUAAAAUGUUACUUAAUACACAGCUCUGCACUGAAUUCAUGUAUCCCAUCCAAAUAUACAGUAUUAGCCCACUCUUUUCAAAAGCAGAAUAUAAAUUGAAAAAGUACAAAACAUCAAUAGAACAAAUUGUUUUUGCCAAUACGAUCUUACAUGUAUCUUUUUGUGUUUGUGAGAAUGCUGUUGUUUGAUUUUUCUAAUACAAAAUGCUUUCACAUAUUAUUAAAAUUUUUACUAUA